GGUUUGGAGACCCAUGAUACUUUUUAAAGCUUAUGAACAUGACAGAGACAUGAGCGCCAGAAUGUGUCCACGCGUGAGAAUCGAUCAGCUGGUUCUUCCUUUUCAGAGGACUUCCGUGUUUACAUCUCUGCAGCAGGCACUGAUCCAUCAUGGCUUUCAUUACGAAGAAGGAUCGCAGCAAAGAACGAUUUUCGCUGCUGUUGCUGGAUCUGGAGGAACAUUAUUUUGAACAGCACACUGCAUAUAAUCUGACCAGCAGAGGUCCGGUGGCAAACAGACAAACUAGUGGCUCGCUAAAAAUCUGUUCCAAAUCAGUCAUUUUCGAACCUGAUGAUGCUGUUAAGCCUAUUUUAAAGAUUCCUCUGAAAGGCUGCAAAGGAAUAGCAACAGUGGAGAAAACGGUCCACAACCCAUUUAUAGAAAGUAAACCUGCCUGUAUUCUUAUAGAAACCAAGCAGAUUUAUCUAAUUAAAGAAGAAAGUGUGGUUGCUCCAUAUAAAUAUGAAAGGGGAGAGAUAAAGGUCACAUUCCAAUUGGAGGCACCCGGAAAAACAGAGGAUGUUGUUCAGAUGUUAUUACAGUUACACAGAGCAUCUUGUCUGGAUAAGCAGGGUGACCAGGCAGCAAUGGUUGCAGCUAUAUUGCAGUCCAGGUUAGCAAGAACAUGUUUUGAUAAGAACAGUUUUCAGCAUGUAACAGAAAUCCCUCACAUGGAGUGUGUGGCAGAAAUGGUUUCUCCUUUGGUGACAAAUGCUGGUCACGUUUGCAUCACUGAUUGCAAUCUUUACUUCCAGCCCAUGAACAGCUAUCCUGAUUCAGUGGUGCAGAUUGGGUUACAUAGUGUAAGACGCAUCUACAAACGGAGACAUGGGCUGAGGCCUUUGGGCCUUGAGGUGUUUUGCACAGAGAAUGAUUUGUGCUCUGAUAUCUACCUAAAGUUCUACAGUACUAAAGAAAGAGAUGAGCUUUACUACUACAUUGCAACUUUCCUUGAAAACCAUAUAGUGGAGUGCACAGCAGAGAGCUACAUGCUGCAGUGGCAGAGAGGUCACAUCUCCAACUAUCAGUACCUACUUCAUCUAAACAAUUUAGCAGACCGCAGUGUGAAUGACCUUUCCCAGUAUCCAGUGUUCCCCUGGGUCAUCAGUGACUACAGCAGCACAGAGCUGGACUUGCUGAACCCUGCUUCAUUUCGAGAUCUCAGUAAACCAAUUGGAGCUUUGAACACAGAAAGACUUGAGAGAUUACUGGAACGCUACAGAGACAUGCCUGAGCCUCGUUUUAUGUAUGGCAGUCAUUAUUCAUCACCUGGAUAUGUGCUUUUCUACCUUGUCAGAGUUGCUCCAGAGCACAUGCUUUGCCUACAGAAUGGACGAUUUGAUCAUGCAGACAGAAUGUUCAACAGUGUUGGUGAGACGUGGAAGAAUUGUUUAGAGGGAGGCACGGAUUUCAAAGAGCUGAUUCCUGAGUUCUAUGGAAGUGAUAGUAGCUUUCUGAAGAAUCUGCUUGGUUUGAAUUUGGGCAGAAGGCAGGGAGGAGGCAGAGUUGAAAAAGUUGAACUUCCUCCUUGGGCAUCAGAUCCAGAUGACUUCUUGGAGAAAAUGCGUUUAGCAUUGGAGAGUCAGUAUGUGUCUGAACACCUGCAUGAGUGGAUUGAUCUGGUUUUUGGCUACAAACAGAGAGGAAGUGAAGCUGUGGCAGCCCAUAAUGUUUUCCAUCCAGUAACAUAUGAGGGAGGAGUUGACUGCGAUAGUAUUGAGGACCCAGAUCAGAAAAUAGCCAUGCUAACUCAGAUAUUGGAGUUUGGACAAACGCCACGGCAACUCUUUGUCACUCCUCAUCCUCAGAGGAUCACUCCACGCAUCCACAACCUGUCAGCAACCCCCAGCCUCAGCAGCAGUGAGCUCUCACCAGCGUCUCCUAGUAUGGAGUCAUUUGAGGACCUCACUGAGGAGAGUAAGAAAAUGGCCUGGAGCAACAUGAACAAACUUGCAUUGCAGUCUUGCCACAAAAUACACAAAGAAGCAGUAACAGGCAUUGCUGUGACCCUCGGUGGGGAUUCCAUCUUCUCAACUUCUCAAGACUCUACAUUGAAGAUGUUCUCAAAAGAAAAUGGACUGCAAAGAAGCGUGUCCUUCUCGAACAUGGUAACCAUUCUAGAGAUUGUAGUAAACACAGUGGCCCCAAAAGAGUGAAUAGAAUGAAGAUUUUUGAGUGCAACCGGGACACACCAGCACUGUCCUCCUGUCUGAUGCUGCCUGAUGAUAAGAUCGU